AAAGAUAAGCUAAUUAAGCUACUGGGUUCAUACCCCAUUUAUAAAGGUUAUAAUCCUUUUUUUUUAAUUUUUAAUAAUUCUUCAAAAAUUUUAUUUUUAACAAUUAUAAUUAUCGGAACAAUAAUUACAGUUACAUCUAAUUCUUGGUUAGGAGCUUGAAUAGGACUUGAAAUUAAUUUGUUAUCUUUUAUCCCCCUGCUAAGAGAUAAUAAUAAUUUAACUUCAACUGAAGCAUCUUUAAAAUAUUUUUUAACAAAAGCAUUAGCUUCAACUGUUUUAUUAUUUUCAUCAAUUAUUUUAAUAUUAAAAAAUAAUAUGAAUAUUGAAAUUAAUGAAUCAUUUACUUAAAUAAUUAUUAUAUCUGCCCUACUAUUAAAAAUAGGAGCUGCUCCUUUUCAUUUCUGAUUUCCUAAUAUAAUGGAAGGUUUAACUUGAAUAAAUGCAUUAAUAUUAAUAACUUGACAAAAAAUUGCCCCACUAAUAUUAACUUCUUAUUUAGAUAUUAAAAAUUUAUUACUUAUUAGAGUAAUUUUGUCAGUAAUUGUAGGAGCAAUUGGUGGAUUAAACCAAACAUCUUUACGUAAAUUAAUAGCAUUUUCUUCAAUUACCCAUUUAGGAUGAAUAUUAAUAAGUUUAAUAAUUAGAGAAUCUGUGUGAUAAAUUUAUUUCACAUUUUAUUCUUUUUUAUCAUUUAUUUUAACUUUUAUAUUUAAUAUUUUUAAAUUAUUUCAUUUAAAUCAAUUAUUUUCUUGAUUCAUAAAUAGAAAAGUUUUAAAAUUUACUUUAUUUAUGAAUUUUUUAUCUUUAGGUGGAUUACCUCCAUUUUUAAGAUUUUAACCUAAAUGAUUAGUAAUUCAAGAAUUAACAUUUUGUAAUCAAUAUUUUACAUUAACAAUUAUAAUAAUAUCAACAUUGAUUACAUUAUAAUUUAUACUAAAUUACUAUGAAAAUAAUUGAACAAUUAAUACUCAAUUUAAUAAUAUAAAUACAAAUUUAUACUUAAUUUGCACUUUUUUUUCAAUUUUUGGAUUAUUUUUAAUUUCUUUAUUCUUUUUUAUACUUUAAGGCUUUAAGUUAAAUAAACUAAUAGCCUUCAAAGCUGUAAAUAGGGGUAAGCCUUUAAGCCUUAGUAAAUUUUUACUCCUUCAAAAUUGCAGUUUGAUAUCAUUAUU